UCAACAAACAAAGAGAGAAUUUUUGUGAAAGAAAAAUAAUUCUCGAUAAUUAAUUUAACCUUUGGCUCUAAAGAUUCUGUCAUCAUGCAAGCGACAGCUGAAGAUGAGUCGCUUAGUGAGAACGAGGAGAAUACAACUGAUCUGAAAGGAUAUCUAUUAAAAUGGGUGAAUUACAUACACGGAUGGCAAGUCAGAUUCAUUUGUCUCAAGGAUUCUACAUUAAGCUACUACAAAUCAGCCGAAGACAGUGAUUUUGGAUGUCGAGGUGCUAUAUGCUUAGAAAGAGCUACAAUCAAAGAACACGAAAUUGACGAAUGUAGAUUUGAUAUUUCUGUUGAAAACAUAGUUUGGUUUUUUAGAGCUGACAAUUUAGAUGAUAAAAGGAACUGGGUCGAAGUGCUGAAAUCCUAUAGAAUACCUGAUGACGAAUCAACACAAUUAAAAAGACAUGGCAGUGCUAUGUCUAUAAUAUCUACAACACUAUCAACGACGAGCGGAAAUUCAUUAAAACAGACUAUACGUGAAAAACUAAAUGAAAUUGAAACUUAUCGAGAAAUACUGUACAAUCAGAUUGAUGCUUUACAAAAGUUUUUUGAUGCGUGUGCUGAUAAGAACGGAUUACUCAGUUCAUUAGAAGUAGACAAUGGACUUAGAACGUACGAUUUUAAAGGAGAGGCUAUAACAUUUCGUGAAACAACUUCAGCAGUUUCGAUUGCAUUAAAUCAUUGUAUCGAACAAAUCACACAGAAAGAAGAUAAAUUUAUAAAGAAGCUUGAUAAAGAAAUUGAAAGACGCAAGAAGCUUGAAGAGGAACUGAAAGAGUGUCAAGAAGAACUGCGUAAGGCAAAAAUGUCACCAAACGGACCAGACUUUGAAGAGGAAGGACCGUACUCACAAAUUCCUGAAGAUGAAUUCUUUGAUGCUGUAGAGACUGGACUUGAAAAGAUUGAGGAAGUGCAGCAAAUUAGAGUUAAAUUGAAGCUUCAAAAUCAACAAUCUCAAAUUGAAUCUGGACAAAUUGUAAUAGAAGCUGUAUUGGACGAUUUUGGAACUGGAAAUAUGGCGAAAUAUCACACAUUAUGGCCAGAAAUUGAUACUGUAUGCUUGGAACAGUUAAAACAUGCAUUAGAAGGAGUAAGUGAUGACGGUUGGCAAAUAUUUGCGGACGAAGGAGAAAUGAAAAUGUAUAGGCGUGAAGAAGAAAUUGAAGGAAUCGUUGUUGAUCCACUAAAAAGUUGUCAUGUUGUUAAAGGAUGCACUGCCAGAGAAAUGUGUCAUUAUUUUUUUGAUCCACGAUAUCGCAAUGAUUGGGAAACGACACUUGAAGAGUGUCAAAUAUUGGAAGAAAUCUCUCCAGACACCUUAGUUUUCUUACAAACGCACAAGCGUAUAUGGCCUGCGAAUCAACGAGACGCCUUAUUUUGGUCCCACAUGAGGAGAAUAACGAACAGUACAGAUGAAAAUGCACAUGAUGCAUGGCUGGUGUGCAACCAAUCAACAGAAGGACCAAAUUACCCUGCCGCAAAUCAAGGAAAAUGUAUUCGAAUACACUUAAGAGUUAUUUUAUUAUGUCAAACAUUCAUCAAUCCUGAAAAGUUGGAUGAUUUGGACAAUUUAACGAGAGAUGACUUGACUUGCAAAAUAACUUACUGUUCAGUCGUAAAUCCCGGAGGCUGGAUUAAACCAAAUUUAUUGAGAGCUGUUUAUAAGAAGGAAUAUCCAAAGUUCUUAAAACGCUUCACUGGCUAUGUUCUUGAGCAAUCAAAAAAUAAAUCCAUUAAAUUUUAAUCAGACUUUAACAUAUUAAUAAUGAAAAAAAAAACUAUUUUAGUCGAAUGGAUAUUAUGAAUAUUAUUAAUAAAAUCUCACACUUAUAUUAUUUUUUAUAUCAACUCUA